AUGGAACUCAAGGCCAUCCUUGCCGGUCUCCUGGCGACCGCUCCUCUGGCUUCGGCGCAUCCCGGCCACGAGCGAGUCCACGCCCACGCUGCGAGGCCCCUGUUCGGUCGAGAUCUCAACCAUUGCAACAAGAGGUUCAAGGAGCCCGAUUUCCACAAGCGAUAUGUUGAGAAGAACGGCGAGGAGUUUUUGAGACUCCGCCGUUCUCUCGGCAUCGAGCCCUCGGACAGCCCCCCGAUCCAUAAGCGAGACUACCUCUCGGUCUCUCAAAUCGAUCACAAGCAGGACAAGACGGUGACGCUCGAUAUGGAGCCUGCUUCCCUCUUCGCCGAUGCGGGAGCUUGCAUUCUCAUGCCGUCUGUUGACCAGGGCCCUCUAUACGUUCUUGGCGAGGAGGUCCGAAAAGACAUCACUGAAGGCCAGGCCGGUCUUAAGAUGACCCUUGCCAUUCAAGUCGUUGAUGUCGAUACUUGCGAGCCGGUUCCCAAGGCGUAUCUCGACAUUUGGAGCUCGAAUUCCACUGGUACCUAUGUCGGUGUCCAGGGCUACCCCGGAAUGGGUGAUCCCAACGAUGCUGGCAUGCUGAAGGGCACCACUCUCCGUGGUCUUCAGCUUACUGAUGAAGACGGUAUCGCCACUUUCAACACCCUUAUGCCCGGUCACUACGAGGGCCGUGCUACCCAUAUUCAUACCAUCGUCUACCUCGACGCCGUGCUGCAGCCCAACAACACCAUCACCGGAGGCCGCGCCGCCCACAUCGGCCAACUCUACUUCGACCAGAGCCUCAUCGCUGAUGUUGAGGGCCUCACGCCCUACAACCAAAAUACCAUGCAAAUCCUCCCUAACACCCGCGACACCCUCUUCAUGAUGGGCGCCAACGGCGACGACCCAAUCCUGCGCUACGCCCUCGUCGGCGACAAGCUCGAGGACGGCCUCUACGCCUGGAUUCGCUACGGUGUCAGGACUAGCAACGCCCUCCGCGUCAACCCCGCGGCCUACUGGACCGAGAACGGAGGUGUGAUGAACCCUACUGGUCCCGUUGCCCUUUUGACUGGUGGUGGUGGCGGUUUCUUCGGCGGCGGCGGCGGCGGCGGCGGCGGCGGCUUCCCUGGAUUCCCUGGAUUCGGUGGUGGUGCUUUCCCGCGUAUGGUGAGGAGGCUUUUUGGCCGUGGUGACUUCCUCGUCAAGAGCAUCUCCGCCACUCUCGAGGAACGAAUCCCAUGCUUCAUGCCUCACCUUUAUGACGAACUGCAGUAA